AUGUCCAAGAUGUAUGAUUCCAACAGCGACUUGGAUCGACAGAUUGAACAACUCAAGCGGUGUGAAAUCAUCCAGGAGCAUGAAGUGAAAGCGUUGUGCGCCAAAGCACGAGAAAUACUCAUCGAAGAAAGCAAUGUACAGCGUGUUGACUCUCCUGUCACUGUAUGUGGUGAUAUUCAUGGGCAGUUCUAUGAUUUAAAAGAAUUGUUUAAAGUUGGUGGAGAUGUUCCUGAAAGAAAUUAUUUAUUCAUGGGUGAUUUUGUCGACCGAGGAUUCUUUAGUGUUGAGACAUUUUUACUUCUACUUGCUCUAAAAGUAAGAUAUCCUGAUCGAAUAACCUUAAUACGUGGUAACCACGAAUCACGACAAAUAACUCAAGUUUAUGGUUUUUAUGAUGAAUGUCUACGAAAAUACAAUAGUGUUGCUGUAUGGCGUUAUUGUACCGAAAUUUUUGAUUACCUGAGCUUAUCUGCUAUUAUUGACGGAAAAAUAUUCUGUGUGCACGGUGGAUUGUCGCCUUCCAUUCAAACAUUAGAUCAAAUUAGAACUAUUGAUAGAAAACAAGAAGUUCCCCAUGAUGGACCUAUGUGUGAUUUAUUAUGGUCUGAUCCUGAAAAUACUCAGGGAUGGGGCGUGAGUCCUCGAGGUGCUGGAUACCUAUUUGGUUCUGAUGUUGUCUCCCAGUUUAAUACUACAAAUGAUAUAGAUAUUAUUUGUCGAGCUCAUCAACUAGUCAUGGAAGGAUAUAAAUGGCAUUUUGAUGAAACUGUGCUUACUGUUUGGUCAGCACCUAACUAUUGUUAUCGAUGUGGUAACGUUGCGGCAAUAUUGGAACUCAGUGAAACACUUCAAAGAGAUUUUACAAUAUUUGAGGCAGCUCCACAAGAAAACCGAGGAAUGCCAACAAAAAAACACGCAGCUGACUAUUUCCUUUAA